GUCAGCCCGCCCAUCAGCUGCAACCCGGCUGCUGCUGCUGUUGAUGCUGCUUCUGUUUGGAAUGUGCCCAACUGUCGUUCAAAGUGCUGACAAUUUCGAUGCGGUUGCUGAUGCAAUGGCCGACCCCAGUCACAGCCACAACCAUGAUAGCAAUAGCAACAACUUUGACAUGCAUUAUGACAACUUUAACCAGGUGACAGGUAACAAUGACACCAGGAUACUGAGACGGGGCAAACGCUACCUGGAGUUCCCCAAGGGCUCGCGUAUGUCGUGGCGUACUAAUGCGAAAAACAACUUGCUCAAAAUCAACACACUAAUCGCCUAUGGCUUCGGCUUUCGUGCCAAUUAUCCGUUUCCCGAGCCCAAGGAUCAGCGAAAGGGAAACCGUGUCCUCUUCAAACGCGAUUUGUUUUCAAAACUGGAAAAUGCCUUAGAUGGCCACGGCUUUGAUGGGCGUGCCUGUUUAUUGAAAUCUUUCUGUACGGCAAUUUUGGAUGUGGAUAAGCCCCAGCAGAAGAGCGGAAUGUUGUUCAAGCUGCUCAAGUUAAUAUUCAGCCUGGAUGAACACGAGAAGCAUCACAUGCCCUUCCUGCGCGAAGAGAACUGCCAGCAGAUUUUGCAUAGCCAUUGCCCGCUUAGCUUUGACAGCAUUUCACCAUAUACAGAUGAUGUUUAACAAUAAAUAUGUGAUUUAAUCUUGUGUGAAUAAUUUACUCAAACUAAUCGUAUUGAUUUAGCUAUAACCAUUAAUUAAAACAAGAA